UAUCUAGACGGCGAGAAGAGGUUAUUGGUGAGGAAGAAGAGGAAUUAGAAGAAGUAGAGAUGGAGCAUGUUGGUGAGCUUAGAGAUCGUCGACAGAACAGUAGUAACGGUGGCAGUGCCAAUCAUUUGCCUUCUCGUAGUAACUAUGGGCGUCCUGACAGGAUACAGCGCCUUGAUAUGAAUCAAUCUGUCGCAGGAGCCGAACAUGAGGCAUCGCGGUAUGCUAAUCGCGACCGAAAUGAUGACGAUGAGGUACAGACAAGCAAACCGCCUGCGAGUCGCUGCUUCUGCUUCUGCUACUUCUGCCAUUACUGGCAAUCACUCAGAACAAGGUAGCAUAUUGUUCCCACAUGCCAUUGUAGAGGAUAGAUAUAAUGACCAACAGGAGCAAAUCCGUCGGCUGUAUCUUGAGCAGGAGAGCCAAGAAGAAUUAUUGCGAUCCUUGACUGCUCGUGCCGCAUCAAUCAUUGAAGAACAGGAAGAGUUUAGAAGGCGUGAAUCUGAUUCAUCCUUAUCUACGACUGGCGCCGACGCCUCAAUUCAACCUCACAGCAGUCCUCAGCUACAGAGCCAUCAGAUCUCAGCUCAGAGCGCAUUGAGCAGCCAGGAAUUUAGCAGCGCUGAAGAGAGUGCCGCAGGUGUUGUACAGCCCCAACCUCGGCACUCGCUGCUACAAAUAGGUACGUCUAGCUCACAGCCAAGCAGUCGUCAAAGCCAAGAUAACCAAAGUACAUUAGCACAGCCUCAACAAAUUGGCCAAGGGAGCAGUGUUUCUGAGCAAGGACCAGCACAGCUCCAGAAUGCCCAGGGGACUAGAGCAGAGCCAAGUCAAGUUAACCAUCUCGAGUCGUUGAGCAAUGGUACAGAGGAGGUUUCUGAUGAUAGCGGCGAUAAUAACAGUGUCAUAGAGGCUAUUCAGCAAGGGACGCGCGCUUGGACGCAAAGGCCAUCGAGCUUGAGAUUGGAUUUGGACGGCGGUCAGGGAUCGUUGACAUCUUCAUUGCAUGGUGAAAACCGAGGUAAUACGAGCAUCUCGGAUUCUAUAUCAAACUCGACUUCGUCAUCUGACUCUCAUUCGCCCAACGUCUCGUUAUCCCCAUCCAAUGAAUCCUCGGUCUCUUACCGAACGUCAUCCACGUUCUCUCAGAGUAUUCAGAACCAUCCCUCGACCGGCACACCAUUUUCCCAGCGCUCAUCCACUCAAGCACCAUGGGAGCGCCACUCACUCUCCCUGCAAAUGCCCGUCCUGGACACAAGAGGCAGUAGUUUUGGUGAUGCUGAGGAUAGACAGCUUUCAGGAAGUUUAGCUGAAAAUGAGUCCGGCCGAUGCAUGGAGCAACCAUGGAUGGACUACAUUGCCGAGGAACAAGAGGGACAUUCUGAUUGUCAGAAGAUGGCAAUAUUAGGGUCAACUAGCGAAGGGCGUGUUGAUACAGAGGAUGAUAACCAGGCUUCGUCUAGCUUUGUCGUGCCAACCGAAAGUGGCGAGGAUCCGCGGCAAAGCAAGUCAUCUGUCACAUCAACGGCUUUACCGUCCGAUAACAACCAAGGGUCUAGUUCUGAGGCUAUCCUUGAUCCCAAUGUCUAUAGCUCAUUAAGUUUUGGUCUGAAGAUGGGAUCUUCCAUGACUCCUCCUCUGAUCCGAGACCUUGAUAUCCACACUCCUAUCGUCACAGCAGAGGGUACUGUGACUACAAUAGCUAAUAUGCAGAUCGAUGCUGAUAUUCUGGCACGCGCACGCUCAGACUCCAUUCUGCUCUCAGAGGAGGACGUAUCCAGUGUUACGGAGCGACCUUCGCCGGUUGACUCCCCUAUCCCCACACCAUCAACUGCGCGGCCUCCACCGCGCCGAUUUCCAGCAGGUAUCAGCCUCAGCCCCUAUGACAACGAUGAUGACGAGGAAGACACUGAAGAAGAGGCAAUGGAAACCACCGAUAUGCAGCGAGAGUCUGCGCAUGAUGGGUUCGCUGAGGCUGCUAGAGUCGCAUCUUUGAUACCUACGCCUAAUUCAGAAGAAUUAUCUGCAGCUGAGGGGGCUUCAAGCCAGGCCAUAGCUUCCUCUGGGGCAGCUGCGCCGGAAAGUUCGCCUGAGGAUAGCACAGCUAUAGAUGAUCCACUGUCAGCAACUAUAGUUUCGGACUUGGCGGGAGCGCCGCCUAUUGCUGAGGCAGGGACAGUAGGAGUGGAUCAGGAGCAUGAUGUGGUUCAAACGACAACGCCGCUGCGGACCACGAUGACUUCACCUCCACCUUUACCCCUCCCUUUACCUGUUUCGGUAGAGGCGCAAGAGGCAGAGCCGGCCCCACAAUCUACUAUACAUACAACGUCCUCUAUACAGAACCAACAGGAUGGCUCGUCUGAGCACCGGCAGUCAACAAAUACUCAAAGCGAGAAUAGAGACCGGAAUACAGGAACUGACGAACGCCUCAAUGGUGACUCAAUUACAAUACCAGAUCCGAAUUCGAUUGGGUUUUCGGUGGAUGAGCAGGGUCCUUCUUCACAUGAACAUGAGCAAGGAGAGGAUGAAAGAAUACCUCAGGAUCAAUACCGCACAUUGGUACGAUAUCAGCCUCGGCUUCCGAAGGCUCAUAUGAUGUCAGAUCUCAUCUCUCAGAUUCGAGUAGAAUGUCCUCACAAAGACUUUGGCUGCUCAGAAACGAUGGAGGUGCAGCAUGCACUACAGCACGGGCGGGAACAGUGCCAUUACCGUCUGGUAAUGUGUCCAAGGUCGUACUGUGGACUUUGGAUGAGGGCGGACCAAAUACUUGAACAUAUCCUAAUGAUGGAACAACCUUGCAAUAGUGGUGACGUAUUGGAUUCUUCACGGAGAUCGUCCUCGUCAUCCUCGUCAGUGUCUUCUCCCUCGUCCACUUCAUCAGUAAGAACAGCCGGCCAUGGUUUACGUCAGGGAAGUACUGCGCAUGGCAAGAAAGAGAAUCGAUCCCUUUGUAGUCAAAGAAGCAAUGGCUCAAAAGCACAUCGGCAACAGCCUAAAAUCACUCGUACCAUUAUCCCAUCUGGAACUAAUCAUUCAAAACCAUCAUCUGUUCCAUCAUGUGCCGGUCUUGCUUGGGAACGUGAGCAGCUUGCCAGAGCAACGGGAAUUAUCGGUCAGUUGACGGAAGAGAACACUAGUCUUCGGCAAAUGAUUCGGCAGCUUACACUCCAAAAUUCGAAGUUGAUGAAGGACAAGGAUCGUUGGCAGCGAUAUGCCAACCUGGACUUGCGACGCGAUUGAAACCUCUUUCUUUUCAUAGGUGUUCAGUAAUCACGUAGGACUAUACCUUUAUUGCUUUUCAAAGGUCUCGAUGAAUGCAACCAUGCAG